GAAAUACUGUUAACGGGAGUCUCUCUCAGACAGUUAUCGAAUUUUGGAUUGGAGUUGCAAGACAGCCUAAACACUUUCAAAGGUUCCGAAAGAAGAUUCGUUAUCUGACGCCUUUCAUCCUAAAAAUAUCGAAGCAUGGCUGACAACGACGGUGUGCCCCUCGCAUUGCGGUCGAACUAUAUCGUCCGCGUCAAGACCGGAGACAAGAAGUUCGCGGGAACGGACGCCGAUGUGUCCAUUCGCCUCUACGACAACAAGAUAGGUAGCCCGCCAGUGAAGCUGAACAACAUCUUCCGGAACGACUUUGAACGCGGCCACACGGAUGAAUUCAAGAUCACAGCCAAAGUCUCCCUUGGACCCCUGGUCAAGAUUGAGGUUACCCGCAAUAAUAAAGGGGUGAAUCCGGAUUGGUUUGUUGACGUCAUUGACAUCGAGGAUGAGAGGACCAAGAUGAAGUACGUCUUUCCUUUGCACCGCUGGGUGGCGGCUGACUGCGCGUUCUUUGUCGCGCAUCUUGACACGGUCUUGCCGCAAGAUGACGAGCAUAAGGAACAACGACAUGCGGAGCUUGCCGCCAAGAGAAAGAUUUAUGAGUACGGAAGACAGCAUCCUGGACAACCCGUUAUGAUAAAAAACCUCCCGAAAGAUGAGAUAUUCUCUGACGAUUUCCAGUACGACUUCGGCAAGCUCACGCUGAACCUGAUAGGGUCGCUUAUCAUCACGAAACUGAUCAAUGGCUGCGGAGAUUUUGAGAAAAUCGAGGACAUCAAAAAGCUUUACGGAAAGUUGGAAACGAUUGAUAGACCCCUGGGGAUGGAACAUUGGAGUGAAGAUGCUUGGUUCGGCGCUCAGCGAGUUAUGAGCUGUAACACUGUUGUCAUCAAGCUUUGCACCGAAAUACCUCGAAACUUUGGCGUGAAAGCCACGAUGGUCGAACCAUUCCUUCAAGGAAAAACAUUGACUGAUGCAUUGAAGGCAAAGAAGAUCUAUAUCUGCGACCUGAAGAUAAUGGAGGGCAUCCCGGGAAACAAUCACUUAAAGGUAUGCCAGCCCCUUGCCCUGUUCUUCGUGAAUAAAGCAGGUGAUAUCAUGCCCAUCGCAAUACAACUCUUCCAACGGAAGGCGGCCACAAACCCCGUUUUCUUGCCAAGCGACGACAAAAACCUGUGGCUGCUUGCAAAGAUGUGGUACAACGUGGCGGACGCGGGGCAUCACCAGUCAUUGACUCAUCUGGCGUUGACCCAUCUGAAGGCUGAAGGCAUAGCGGUGUGCGCCCACAGAAACCUCUCCCCGUCGCAUCCCGUCUUCAGGCUCCUUGCUCCGCACUUCCUCCACAUAAUGGCCAUCAAUACCGGUGCCGUGAACACACUCCUUAAGCCUGGUGGUCCCAUCGACAGUGUAAUUGCUAUUGGGAGGGUUGGCUUCUUCAAGCUUCUUGCCACAAGGGCGCCGGAUUUUCGACUUAACUUGGAAGGACAUCUGCUGAACGACUUGAAGGAACGAGGGGUGGAUGAUGCAAAUGCCCUGCCUUUCUACCCUUACAGAGACGACGCCCUUCUGACUUGGAACGCCAUCUAUAAAUAUGUUGAACAGAACGUGGAUCUUUUUUACGAGACCAAUAAGAGAGUGCUUGAGGAUCCAGAGCUGCAACAGUGGGCCAAGGAGCUCACAGCUUCAUUCGAAAACGGCGGGAUUGGCAUGAAAGGAGUCCCGGGGCACGGAAAGUUCACAAAGAAGGAAGACUUGAUCGAGGCAGUGACCUGCAUCAUCUUCAAGUGCAGCGUAAGGCACGCCGCGGCGAACUUCUCACAGUAUGAUGACUACGCGUUCACCCCGAACUACCCGAGUCAUCUGAAUGGGGAUCCGCCGACCGAUAACAAAGCGAAGCUGACCGAGAAAGAAUUGGUCGAUGCGCUUCCGACCAAGUCCAAGACCUUGGAAACCAUUGCCUUAGUCAAGAUCCUUAGUAUGAAAGGCACCAACCACCUCGGAGACUUCGAAGUCCAGUACUUGCACGGCGAGAGGACUGAAAUAAUUGCUGCUGAGUUUCGGCACAAACUGGUGGAGAUAAGUAAAACUAUAGCAGAAAGGAACAAGUCGAGGAAAUACAAAUAUGACAUCCUCGAUCCAGGCUUCAUUCCAAAUUCUAUCAGCAUCUAAGUGCAGCUCCAAGAGAAGAGGCGGUACCCUUUGGGUUGACCAUAUGCACCACCAUUUUGGCUAUAACUUGUGUUCUCUGGAAAAAAAAGAACUGCAACCCACAUUUGAAUUCGCUCUGUUUUGAAUGAGUUCUAAUGCUUUUGGAUUUGAAGUUCUAGCUAAAUGUUGUUAGUAUACCCUUAAUUCAGGCUUCGUGCCAAAUUGUAUUAGUUUUAGUUACAAUGUUUAUAGUUUAUUUGUCGAAACAAAUUUGAAUUUUUUUCAUAUAACUGUGCCACAGCAAAGGAUGGAACAGUGGAACGAAAAAAUGUUUACACUAAUAAUGAUGUAAUAUAUAGGUUAAGCGCGAAUUUAUUUACACUUAAUGAUUUAAUGUAAAGGUUAAGCAGGAAAAAUGCUUGCACUAAAUGAUGUAAUAUAUUGUUUAAGGACUAAAUGAUGAGGAGUUGAUACAUGACAUCUAGAUCGAAAAUUAGGCCAUAUGAGGGAUUAAAAACAUGACAUCUAGACCGUAAUUUAGGCCAUAUGAGGGAUUAAAAACAUGACAUCUAGACCGUAAUUUAGGCCAUAUGAGGGAUUAAAAACAUGACAUCUCGACCGUAAUUUUGACUGAAUGUGGGAUUUGAUACAUGACAUCUAGACCAUAAUUUAGGCCAUAUGUGGCAUUAAAAACAUGACAUCUAGACCGUAAUUUAGGCCAUAUGAGGCAUUAAAAACAUGACAUCUCGAUCGACCGUAAUUUUGACUGAAUGUGGGAUUUGAUACAUGACAUCUAGACCGUAAUUUAGGCCAUAUGAGGCAUUAAAAACAUGACAUCUAGACCGUAAUUUAGGCCAUAUGAGGGAUUAAAAACAUGACAUCUCGACCGUAAUUUUGACUGAAUGUGGGAUUUGAUACAUGACAUCCAGAAGUAUUAAGGUAGCAGGAAGGGUUGGGCGUUUGUGGUUUCUGAGUCUGAGGGGGUUGGUGUCUGUUGACUGUGCUUUAAGAGAGACUAGGCAUGGCGCCAGUCUCUCUUAAAGCACAGUCAACAGGCAUUUGGUCUCAGUAUUUGGGUAAGUACAGAAUCAAGCCAACUCAGAGAGCAAUGAUUGAACGAUGCUGUGGACAAGUCCAAGGAUACUGCAUCAGUCACGACCAACUUCUCAUCAGAAAGCGUCACCACCAGCAUAUUCAAUGUUCAGUUCCAACCUGUACCAGUCCAAUGCACGCCUGUCAUGGUCAGCAGUGGUCAGCUUAGCGCGAUAUGGAACAUUCUUCCGAAACUCAAGCGAGGGAAGUCUGCUCAUUAGCAUAUCUCGCGCACUGCUCCUUCUGGUCAAACAUCGUAGUGAAAUCGUAAUGGAAAACGUCUGACUUUGCGCCAGACUAAUAAGUGAAGAACUAAUGGGUAAAGAACUGCUACUUGCGCGAGACUGCUGUGAUAAAAUUAUCAUUGCAGAGACUCCGGUGACGUACACAUAUAUUUUUACAACCAAAAAUGCCCUCAAAAGACGACAUGGAAUGAUUAUUUUAUAGAUAUUUCCUACUAUAUACCUUCCAAUUAUCACUUUAUACAAAUAGAUCGGCGUUAGGUCGCAUGAUUUUCUUUCCUGGUGACACUAUAAAGCAAAAUAGUUGCAACCCCGUAAAUGCGCUAUAAGUCCAAUAAUAAGUGACGGUGACCCGUUAUAAAUGUUUCGCCAGCUUCGCUUUUUUGCCGCUACGCGGCGCUUUGGGCCCUUGCGUCUAGACCGUAAUUUAGGCCAUAUGUGGCAUUAAAAACAUGACAUAGACCGUAAUUUAGGCCAUAUGAGGCAUUAAAACAUGACAUCUAGACCGUAAUUUUGACUGAAUGUGGGAUUUGAUACAUGACAUCUAGACCGUAAAUUAGGCAAUGAGGGAUUUGAUACAAGAUAUUUAGACCAUAAAUUGGGUUAUAUGAGGGAUUUUUAAUACAUGAGUUCCUUUGAAAUAGAAUUAAAAAUAGAAAUCAACAUCAGUUUUGUUUUACCAUAAAUAAAGUAAUCAAUGAUCUAUUCUAUAUGUUAUCGGUUUAUGUUCUAUUAUAUUUGUUGUUCUUUUACCAAUGUUUGAUAUCGGUCUAAAGAGUCCUCUAUAGCUCACGUUUUUAUGUAUCAAAUACCGAUGAAAAUAAAGUUUAUCGUAUCUUA